CGUAUAUGUGGGGAUUACAAAUUAACUAUUAACCAAGCAGCUCACAUUGAAUCAUAUCCUCUUCCAAAAAUUGAAGACCUUUUGUCUGCAUUAGCAGGAGGUGUAGCUUUUACAAAGCUUGAUUUAGCUCAAGCUUAUUUACAGUUACCGCUAUCAGAUAGUUCAAAGCAAUACGUUACUGUAAAUACCCACAAGGGGUUAUUCGAGUUUAACAGAGUGCCUUUUGGGAUCACAUCGGCACCAGCUAUUUUUCAGCGGUGCAUGGAUACCCUAUUUCAAGGUAGCAAUGGUGUCAUUGUAUACAUAGAUGACAUACUAGUUACGGGCAAAACGAUUGAAGAGCAUUUACAAAAUUUGGAAGUAGUUUUAUCGAAAUUAAGUGAAGUGGGUCUUAAAUUGAAGCAACAGAAGUGUAUUUUUCUAGCCCCAGAAGUUGAGUACUUGGGUUAUACAAUAACCAAGGAAGGUAUUAAGCCAUCAGCAUCCAAAGUUCAAGCUAUACAAGAAGCAAAGACACCGACAUGUCUUACGGAGCUUAGAGCAUUUUUGGGUAUGCUGAAUUAUUAUGCUAAGUUUUUGCCGAAUCUCUCCACAUUAUUAGCUCCGUUAUAUAAGCUAUUGCAGAAACGCACUGCUUGGCAGUGGAAUACAGCUCAACAAAAUGCUUUUAAACAGGCUAAAGAAUUACUGCAACAAAACUCAUUGCUUAUUCAUUUUGAUGAUAGCAAGCCUAUCAUAUUAGCCUGUGAUGCUUCUCCUUACGGGAUUGGAGCAGUAUUGUCUCAUAAAAUGAGUGAUGGCUCAGAGCGUCCUAUUAGUUUUGCUUCUAGAAGCCUGACAUCAGCUGAGAAACGUUACUCUCAACUGGAUAAAGAAGCAUUAGCCAUUGUAUUUGGAGUAAAAAAAUUUCACAGUUAUAUAUAUGGUCGUAAAUUUGUCAUUUGUUCAGACCAUAAGCCUUUGUCAUAUCUCUUUAAUGAGACCAAACCAGUACCUGUUAUGGCAUCUGCAAGACUGCAGAGGUGGGCCUUAACACUUAGCACUUAUCAGUAUAGUAUUAAAUAUAAACCAGGGCAUGAACUAGCUAAUGCUGAUGCAUUAAGUAGACUGCCUAGACCAGUCACAACAUUUUCAGAUCAUCUCCCUGGAGAACUAAUUCAGCUUAUAAAUUAUCUUGUACCAGCCCCUGUAACUGCUGGACAAAUUGAGAGGGAAACUGAGAAAGAUCCAAUUUUAGGCCAAGUAAAAAGAUAUGUCAGCAUGGGACAAUUCCCUAAUACAGAUGAUCAGAGAUUACAGCCUUAUAUUCGAAGGUUUCAAGAAUUGAGCUUAAUGCAUGGAUGUUUGCUGUGGGGAUCUCGCCUCAUUGUUCCUCCUUCCUCUCGUAAACUGUUACUAGACUAUCUACAUGACACUCAUGAUGGGUCAUCAAGAAUGAAGGGCCUAGCUCGUGGGUAUAUGUGGUGGCCUGGCAUGGAUUCUGAUAUUGAGAAUAUUGUUAAACAUUGUGAAAUAUGUCAGAAAGUACAAGCUAAACCAGCCUCAGCUCCACCUCAUUGUUGGAAUUGGCCAUCACAACCUUGGACCAGGUUACAUUUGGAUUUUGCUGGACCAUUUUUAGGACAUAUGUAUUUAGUCGUAGUUGAUGCUUGUACUAAAUGGAUAGAUGUCUCCAUGAUGUCUUCUAUCACUGCUGACAGUACGAUUGACAAGUUGUAUAAUAUUUUUGCUUCUUUUGGGUUACCCCGUACAAUAGUUAGUGAUAAUGGUCCAACCUUUACCAGUGAAAAGUUCAAGAAGUUUUGUAAGGAAAAUGGUAUAAAGCACAUUACUUCAGCACCAUAUCACCCCCAAACAAAUGGGCUGGCUGAACGUGCUGUUCAGACUUUUAAACGCAGUAUUGUGAAGAUACAAGGGAACUCUAUUCAAAAUCGUAUUCAGAAAUUUCUAUUUCGUUAUCGUAUCACACCUCACCCUGUAACAAAUAUAUCACCAUUUGAAUUCCUUUUCAAUAGGAAACCACGUUGCCAACUGGAUUUAAUGAUUCCAGAUGUAUCUAUUCAGGUAGAGAAAAACCAGGAGGCUAUGGUACAAAAGAAAAAGAAACAAGUUUGUUCUUUUGCUAUAGGUGAUGCAGUAUAUGUGAGAGAUUUCUCUGCCAAGAAUACUGAAUGGCUUCCGGGUAAAGUUAGCAAAGUUACAGGUCCAUUGUCCUAUCACAUCUUAUUAUCAGAUGGAAAAGUCAUUCGUCAACAUGUUGAUAAUAUAAGGAAGAGAUCAAUAG